GUAUGCCAGUUUAUAUUUUUGUUGUGGGAUAGAAGACACUGACAAUGAGUUGCUGACUCUUGAGAUCAUCCACAGAUAUGUAGAAUUGCUUGAUAAAUAUUUUGGAAGUGUGUGUGAAUUAGACAUUAUUUUUAAUUUUGAGAAAGCCUAUUUUAUGUUAGAUGAGUUAAUGUUAGGUGGUGAAGUACAGGAAACUAGUAAAAAGAAUGUUCUCAAGGCAAUUGCUGCACAAGACUUGCUCCAAGAGGAAACUGAUGGUAAUAGAAGUGUUCUUGAAGAAAUAGGGUUGACAUAAAGUGGAUUGAUUAUUGACAAGCUGAUAUAAUUGUAUUGGUAAAGAUGGAACAUUGUUAUCAUCAUUAGUAUAAUAUUUUGUUGUACAAGUUAAUAUUUAAUAAACAUAGUGUAACUAUUAAAA